AUGGCUCCCUCGAGCGGCGGCUGCUCCUCAGCGCUGGCCAUGGAGGAGAUCCGCGCGCUCACCGAGUUGUCCGACCUGGAGGCGGCUUACGGCCGCUUGUGCGCAGAGGAGAAAACUGUGGAGGAAGAGCUCGAGAUGCUCUUGGACCAACAAGGUAGUAUUGAGAACAAAAUGGCUGCCCUUCAUCGCAUUGGUCCCAACUUGCAGCUGAUUGAAGGGGAUGCAAAGCAGUUAGCGGGGACAAUCACCUUCACCUGCAAUCUGGCAGAGAACGUCAGCAGCAAAGUCCGGCAGCUUGAUCUUGCCAAGAACCGCCUCUAUCAGGCCAUCCAGAGAGCCGAUGACAUUUUGGACCUGAAGUUCUGCAUGGAUGGAGUCCAGACAGCCCUGCGGAACGAAGAUUACGAGCAAGCUGCUGCUCAUAUCCAUCGCUACCUUUCGUUGGACAAAUCUGUCAUUGAGCUGAGUAGGCAAGGCCAAGAGGGCAGUAUAAUUGAUGCCAACUUGAAGCUCCUGCAGGAGGCCGAACAGCGCCUGAAGACAAUUGUGACCAAGAAAUUUGACGAAGCCACAAGGCAGGAAGACCUGCCCCAGGUUGAACGCUUUUUCAAGAUCUUCCCUCUGCUGGGCUUGCAUGAGGAAGGGCUGAGCAAUUUCUCGGAAUACCUCUGCAAACAGGUGGCUAAUAAGGCAGAGGAGAACCUCCAGCUGGUGAUAAAGACAGACAUGAGUGACCGCAGGGCUGCCGUCAUCUUUGCAGACACGCUGACCCUCCUUUUUGAAGGAAUUGCACGCAUUGUGGAGACACAUCAGCCCAUUGUGGAGACCUACUACGGGCCAGGCAGGCUGUACACCUUGAUCAAACACUUGCAGGUGGAAUGUGACCGGCAGGUAGAGAAGGUCGUGGACAAGUUUAUCCAGCAGAGAGACUAUCACAGACAGUUUCAACAUGUUCAGAACAGCAUGAUGAGGAGCUCAGCUGCUGAAAAGAUUGAGCCAAGAGAACUCGACCCAAUUUUAACUGAGGUCAGCCUUAUGAAUGCUCGAAGCGAAUUGUACCUCAGGUUCAUUAAGAGGCGCAUCGUCUCUGAUUUUGAAGUGGGGGAUUCCAUGGCCUCAGAGGAGGUAAAACAAGAGCAUCAGAAGUGCCUGGACAAACUGCUCAACAACUGCUUAUUGAGCCGCACCAUGCAGGAGCUAAUUGGCUACUAUAUCACUAUGGAAGAGUACUUCAUGAGAGAGACAGUCAACAAGGCAGUGGCCAUGGACACGUGUGAGAAGGGCCAGCUGACCUCCAGCAUGGUGGACGAUGUCUUCUAUAUAGUGAAGAAAUGCAUUGGGAGGGCCCUUUCCAGCUCCAGCAUCGACUGCCUCUGUGCCAUGAUCAACCAUUCCAUCACCGAGCUGGAGUCGGACUUCAGGGAGGUCCUGUGCAACAAGCUGAAGAUGGGAUUCCCCGCCACCACCUUCCAGGACUUCCAGAGGGGUGUGACCAGUGCAGUGAGCCUCAUGCACAGCAGCCUUCAGCAGGGCAAGUUCGACACCAAAGGCAUUGAAAGCACAGAUGAGGCCAAGCAGUCCUUUCUGGUGACAUUAAACAACGUGGAGGUGUGCAGUGAAAACAUCAUGACUCUAAAGAAGACCCUGGAGAGCGACUGUGCAAAGCUGCUUCAGCAGGGCUUUGGGGGUGAGCAGGCACAGCCCAAGAUUGACAGCUGCCUCUCUGACAUGGCUGCCGUCUCUCACAAGUUUCGGGACCUGCUGCAGGAAGGGCUAAAUGAGCUCACCAACUCGGCUAUCAAACCACAGGUGAAGCCUUGGAUCAAUCUCUUCCUCUCCGUCUCCCACAACAUCGAGGAGGAAGAGUUCAAUGACUACGAAGCCAAUGACCCCUGGGUGCAGCAGUUCAUCCUUAACCUGGAGCAGCAAAUGGCAGAGUUCAAGGCAGGACUCUCACCGGUGAUCUACGACAGCCUGACCAGCCUGAUGACCACGCUCAUUGCCGUCGAGAUGGAGAAAGUGGUUCUCAAGUCCACAUUCAGCCGGCUUGGUGGCCUGCAGUUUGACAAAGAGCUGCGAUCGCUGAUUGCCUAUCUCACUACGGUGACCACCUGGACCAUCCGGGACAAAUUUGCUCGUCUCUCCCAGAUGGCAACCAUCCUCAACCUGGAAAGGGUGACUGAGAUCUUGGACUACUGGGGGCCAAACUCAGGCCCGUUGACCUGGCGACUUACUCCAGCUGAGGUCCGACAAGUCCUGGCCCUCCGAAUGGACUUCCGCAGUGAAGAUAUCAAGCGGCUGCGCCUGUAGCCGCCUGGACUCUCUCCCUGCAGAGCCUGAAACCCCGUCCUGUUACUACUGGCAGC